CGGCCGGAUCCUGGAGGAGGAGAGCGGCCCGGCCAUGGCGGCGCUGCGGCGGUGGUCGCUGUGGCUGCAGGGCUUGGCGCUGGUGUGGGGACGGGACGGGACGGGGCUGGUGCACUCCACGACCACGGCGCCGCCGCGGGCAUGUUCAGAGUUUUCCCAGAGGUCCUGUGAAGACUGUCUAAAUAAUGUUUCGUGCCUUUGGUGUUACACCAACAACACUUGUAUUGAUUACCCUGUAAGAAGCAUUCUGCCACCGUCUUCAUUGUGUUCGCUCUCAAAUGCUCGGUGGGGAGUUUGCUGGAUAAACUUUGAGGCUUUAAUUAUUGCCAUAGCUGUAGUUGCUGGACUCAUUCUGGUGUCUGUAGCAGUCUGUUGCUGUUACUGCUGUUACUGCAGAAGGCGUUCCAGGAGUAGACCAGAUGAAGAAGAAGAACGGUUAGCUAGAAAGAGAGAGGAACGAAGACUGCAGUCUCUUCAGAGGAAACAUGAAAGAAAACUGAAGCAUGAUGAAAUACGUAAGAAGUAUGGUCUUCUCCAGGAUUCUGAUAAUCCAUACAGCAGAUUUGAGAACGAAUAAAGCUGAGUACCUUCCACUAGAGCUGUAACUUGGAAUACAGGAAGAUAGUUUGUUUUCACUGGGCCUUGGGCUCAGGUUUUUUUCCUGGUUGAAAAACUAGGCGUGGAUAAAAGACUUCAUGAAAUGCAUAUUUCUAUCUUCUACCUAUAUAGAACUCAUUUUUUUUAUAAAUGCUUUUUGUUGUUGAAAAGUUUGCUGGUUUUUUCUAUGAUGACAUUUAAGUGUGAAAUACUAUCUUUCCUCCUCUUAAAAAUGUAUUUUAUUACUUGAUAUAGGUAGCUGAUAGUCACAGUCGUGUUUGAAUUCAGUCUUAACUCCCACUUAAACAGUUGUUCCUGUGUUCCUAAAUGAAGAUUUUUUCCCUACUGUAUUUUUUCAAAAUAAAAAUAAAAGGCACCAUGGAAGCACAGCUUCACAUAGCAGAAGUAGCUGAUGUUGGUACUGUACAACCAUAAUGUGAGAAUUAGGUGGAGUGGUUUUUUUACCUCUGGAAAAAGAGAUUCAAGAGUAUAAUGUCUAAGGGGUGUGAGAGGGGAGCGUAUUUGUCUUUGAAUAAUUCAACUCAGUCAUGGAAAUGUUAAUAUGUACUUUGGAUAUAUCACUCAUGUGAAAAAAAAAUACUUCAGUUAGCAAAAUUGGAAGAAGGUCGUUCUUCAAAUAAACAUAGCUGCGUGCCUAAAUUGAAGAAGACACAUUAGCCUGUCACUAUUUAGGAAGCAUAAUGUAUAAUUAACAAAAACAAACAACAACAACAACAACAAAAAAAAAACCCAAAACCCCAAGCAACUUGGUUGACCCUGGUCAGCAGCUUGAUUCAUCCCUCCUUACACUAGGCUGAGGGAGGGAAUGGGAACAGCAGAAGUGAGAAAACUCUUGGGCUGAGAUAAAGACAGUUUAAUAAGUGAAGAAAGGGAGGGUAGGGGGAACAAGUCAUGCAAAGGCAAUCGCCACUUCCCAGAGCAGACCUCUGCCUACCCUCCCCUCUGUUUUUGUUGCUGAGCAGGUGAUAUAUGGCCUGGUCAGUUCUGCCCAGCUGCCCCAACUGUGUCCCCCCCUGGCUGCUCUCCCUCUCCUGGCCUACUUGCUGGACUGGGCAGAGUGGGGAAAAAUGAAACCUUGACACUGCGCAAGCGGUGCUCAGCAAAAGCCAAAGCACUGGUGUGUUACCAGCACUGUUCUAGCCACAAAUCCAAAGCAAAGCAUCGUACGGGCUGCUAUGAAGAAAGUUACUUCAUUCCCAGGCAGACCCAGCACAGAAAGAAAGCAGUAUUUUUUUUAAGCCUUUUAUUGUUCUUUUGAUAUUUCUAUAAUGUGAUUUUUUUUUUCCUCUUUUCAUAGAGGUGUUUCAGUGAGCAUUUUUACUAGCUCACCAGUAUGCUGCAACAAGCAAUGAGCUCUUCUGUCCCUUGCACCGGUCUAAUGCCAAGUGCCCAUUUACUCUGUACACUUUAAAUAACCUCCCUUGCUGUAUAUUAUUCAUUAAACAAAUGUACAGUAUUGAAGAUGUUCUUGUUAUUUUUAUUAAUGUUCCUAAAAUAAACACUUUAACAUCUUUAA